GCCGUACGAUCGUGUGGCAACCCUAGUCGCGGUUGCGAUCGCGUAGUUUCGUUUACAAUAUUUAUCGGCUGUUUUUGCGGAUAAUAUGGAUUUGUUUACGCAGCUGUUAAGAGGAGCGUGAAAAUGUUUGUCGGCUGUUGAGGAAAAUCACUGGGAAAAGCGGUGAAAUAAAAGGAAAGCAAAAUAUUCUGCGGCUGUUGUGUGCGCUCGAGUGUGUGUGUGCGUGUAGGUGUAAGCGUCGGCGUGUCGGUGAUCGCGUGCGAGUGUGUGCGUGUCGUGUCAACAUUUGUGGCAAAAUAUUUGAAAAUUUGCAUUGAGAAAGAAAGUGCAAGAAAGUGAAUUUGAGGUAUUUGCCAACAUUUUAAUUUGCGCCACUCGCAGCAACCACUUUCUGUGAAAUCUGGUGCGCCUGCGUCCUUGGCUAUCAUAUAUUCGUUGUUCUUUGCCUGCCUACGUGUCCAGAAAUCCCGAAAACCCCCUUGAAAACCCCUAAGAAACCCCAGAAAUGUGGGGUUUAUGGCUAAUUCUGAUCCUCGGCUGUGCGGCUGGGGAAUACAGUGAGGUCCGGGUGAUCCAGGAAGUGGACAACUUUCUGGAGAAUCCGCACUAUCUGAAGAACAAGGAGAUCGGCGAACUCUUCAGUCAGCUGGCCAAAGACUAUCCCGACUUGGCACAGACCUAUACGAUAGGCAAGUCCCUGGAGGAUCGACCUAUAUACGCCCUGGCCCUGAGCGGACCCACCGGUGAGUCCAAAGACGGAGAUCUCCUCAGACCGAUGGUAAAACUGGUGGCCAACAUUCGGGGCGACGAGGCCGUGGGUCGUCAGAUAGUCCUCUAUAUGGCCGAGUAUCUGGCCACCCAUUACGACGGAGAUACGGAGGUCCAGGCGCUGCUCAAUCGCACCGAAAUCCACUUCCUGCCCACCUGUAAUCCCGACGGAUUCGCCAAAGCCCAGGAGGGCAACUGCGAAUCGCUGCCCAAUUAUGUGGGACGUGGCAAUGCGGCCAACAUCGAUUUGAAUCGCGAUUUUCCCGAUCGCCUGGAGCAGAGCCAUGUCCACCAGUUGCGCGCCCAAUCCCGUCAGCCGGAAACGGCGGCCUUGGUCAACUGGAUCGUCAGCAAGCCGUUUGUGCUCUCCGCGAAUUUCCAUGGAGGAGCUGUGGUGGCCAGCUAUCCCUACGAUAACUCCUUGGCACACAACGAGUGCUGUGAGGAGAGCUUGACCCCCGACGAUCGGGUCUUCAAGCAACUGGCCCACACCUAUUCGGACAACCAUCCCAUUAUGAGCAAGGGCAACAACUGCAACGACAGCUUCUCGGGCGGCAUCACCAACGGAGCCAAUUGGUACGAGCUAUCCGGCGGAAUGCAGGACUUCAACUAUGCGUUCAGCAACUGCUUUGAGCUGACCAUCGAGCUGUCCUGCUGCAAGUAUCCGGCGGCCAGCACUCUGCCCCUGGAAUGGCAGCGCAACAAGGCAUCGCUGCUGCAGCUGCUGCGCCAGGCGCAUAUCGGCAUCAAGGGUCUGGUGACGGAUGUCAGUGGCUUCCCCAUUCCGGAUGCCAACAUCUAUGUGGCCGGACUGGAGCAAAAGCCGAUGCGCACCUCCAAGCGUGGCGAAUACUGGAGGCUGCUGACCCCGGGACUCUAUAGCGUGCAUGCCGCCGCCUUUGGCUACCAGAACAGUGCCCCUCAAGAAGUCCGGGUGACCAAUGAGAAUCAGGAGGCCUUGCGGCUGGACUUCAAGCUGACGCCCGUCGAGACGAACUUUGAUGGCAACUUCCGGAAGGUAAAGGUCGAACGAUCGGAGCCACCGGAGAAGCGCAAGGAGCAGUUCAACGGAUUCCUGACCCCCACCAAGUUCGAGCACCACAACUAUACGGCCAUGGAGAGCUUCCUGAGAGACAUGGCCGCCAGCUAUCCCUCGCUCACCCGCCUCUACAGCAUUGGCAAGAGUGUCCAGGGUCGUGAACUGUGGGUGCUGGAGAUCUUUGCCACGCCGGGUUCCCAUAUGCCGGGCGUGCCGGAGUUCAAAUACGUGGCCAACAUGCAUGGCAAUGAGGUGGUGGGCAAGGAAUGCCUGCUGCUCCUCACCAAAUACAUGCUGGAACGCUACGGCAACGACGACAGGAUAACCAAGUUGGUCAAUGGCACCCGGAUGCACUUCCUGUACAGCAUGAAUCCCGAUGGCUAUGAGAUUUCCACCGAGGGCGAUCGAACAGGCGGAGUGGGACGAGCGAAUGCCCAUGGAAUUGACCUGAACAGGAAUUUCCCGGAUCAAUAUGGCACCGAUAGGUACAACAAGGUGACGGAGCCUGAGGUGGCCGCCCUGAUGAACUGGACGCUCUCGCUGCCCUUUGUUUUGUCCGCCAACCUGCACGGCGGCUCCUUGGUGGCCAAUUACCCAUUCGAUGAUAACGAGAAUGAUUUCAACGAUCCCUUCAUGAGGCUGCGGAAUUCCAGUAUCAAUGGACGCAAGCCCAAUCCCACGGAGGACAAUGCUCUGUUCAGACAUCUGGCCGGGAUCUACUCAAAGGCCCACCCCACCAUGCACUUGGCUCAGCCGUGCCCGCUCUUCCCCAACGAAUACUUCACCGAUGGCGUCACAAACGGAGCUCAGUGGUACAGUGUCACUGGUGGCAUGCAGGAUUGGAACUAUGUGAGGGCGGGAUGCCUGGAGCUGACCAUCGAAAUGGGUUGCGAUAAGUUCCCCAUGGCCGCAGAACUGCCGCAGUACUGGGAGGAUCAUCGGGAACCGCUGAUCCAGUUCAUUGAGCAAGUCCAUCAUGGCAUCCAUGGAUUUGUGCACAGCACCAUUGGCACUCCGAUCGCGGGAGCUGUUGUCCGUUUGGAUGGUGCGAAUCACUCGAGCUACAGUCAAACGUUCGGAGACUACUGGAAGCUGGCGCUACCGGGUAGACACAAUCUAACCGUUCUGGGCGACAACUAUGCUCCGAUGCGGGUGGAGGUGGAGGUGCCCGCGGGCGAGCCCUUUGAGAUGCGCAUGGAUGUCACCCUCAUGCCCGACGAUCCGCAGCAUUGGGCCUCCGCCAACGACUUCAGGAUUAUCGAGAACGUGGUCAACACAAGGUAUCACACCAACCCCCAGGUUCGAUCCCGUUUGGCGGAGCUAGAGAACCAGAAUGGACAGAUUGCCAGCUUUGGUUAUGCCGACAAUGAGUUUAGCAGAUACUUUAACUACCUCAAGAUGACCUCUGAUAUUGGCGAGCCCGAGGAGCACAAGUACAAGCUGUUGGUGGUGAGUUCCCUAUUCGAUACAGCCGCUCCCCUGGGCAGGGAAAUUAUGCUCAACCUGGUGCGUCACCUGGUCGAGGGCUUCAAGCUGCAGGACGCCACUGUGCUCGAUCUUCUGAAGCGCAGUGUUAUCUACUUCCUGCCACAGACUAACAAGUUCGAUGAUGUCUUCAACAUGUACAAUGCCAACUCCUCCAUUUGCGAUCCUGUCCUGGGCGAUGAGCUGGCGGAGCGCCUUCUCAAUCCGGAGACAGACCAGUCCAAGGAUAUGUUCCUGCAGUUCCUGCGCAGCGAACGCUUUGAUUUGAUGCUCACCUUUGGAGCCGGCAGCUCGGAGUUGAGCUAUCCCAAGGGAGACUCGGUGCUGGAGAAGUUCGCCCAUGGAAUGCAGCGAACCGAGUUCAACUACUCGCCCCUCCAGUGUCCUCCAUCAGCCACAAGGCAGGCUCAUCGGGAGACCACUGAUAGGAUAACCAAUAUGAUGUACCGCAUGUACAACCUACCGGUGUACACCUUGGGCAUCUCCUGCUGCCGGAUGCCACACCACAAGCAAAUCGCAUCCGUUUGGCGCAAGAACAUCGAUAAGAUCAAGAACUUCUUGGCUCUGGUGAAGACAGGAGUAACUGGCUCGGUGCAGAACGACCAGGGACAACCGCUUAGGGAAGCCUUUGUCCGGCUGUUGGAGCACGAAAGGAUCAUCAAUGUGACGAGGAAUGCUGCGCGAUUCCAACUGAUGCUGCCCCAUGGCCUCUAUGGCCUGGAGGUGACCGCUCCCAACUACGAGACGCAAAUGAUCAAGGUGGACGUACAAGAUGGCCAAAUCACAGAUUUGGGCAUCGUACGCAUGCAUCCAUACACGCUGCUUCGCGGCGUGGUCAUGGAGUUGCCCAAUAAUGGCAACAGAGCCACCACUAGCAUUGCGGGCGUGGUGCUGGACGAGAGCAAUCAUCCGGUGCGGAAUGCUAAGGUUUCGGUGGUGGGCCAGACGCAGCUGAGGAACUUCACCAACAGCAUGGGUCAGUACCAUAUAUCGGCGGUGCCUUUGGGUACAAUCAGCCUGCGAGUGGAGGCACCGCGUCAUCUGGAGGCCACGCGACAGUUGCACCUGAUUCAGAGUGGCCUGCCCACGGAAAACGUGGUCUUCCACCUGAAGGUUAACGAGCAUGUCUUUGGACUCCCUCGCCUGCUGUUCAUCCUGCUGGCCAGUAUUUUGAUCAUUGUCGGCGUGGUCGUCUGUGUGCUGUGCGCCCAGUUUUGGUUCUAUCGACGCCACCGAGGCAACAAGCCGUACUACAACUUCUCGCUACUGCCGCAGAAGAGCAAGGAGCAGUUCGAUCUGGAUGACGAUGAGGCGGGUGAUGAUGGGGAGACGGAGCUCUUCCGGUCGCCAAUUAAACGUGGCAUGACCAUACAGCCGUACUUCGAUGAGGAGCAGCUGGAGCGCAUCCUGCACACGGAUGAGGAGGACGACGAUGGGCCUCACAUGGAGCCGGAACUGGAUGUGGCCGACGACAGUGGCGACGAGAUAGUGAUGCUGCACAACCAUGGGAACAAGCGCCGGCACUAAAUGUCCCCACGAUCCCAUCGAUCACCACCAAUCUCAACUGUCUGUCUUAUCCAGGAACCAUUUGAACCAUGAUCCAUGAUCCACUGCAACUACACGACAACCACACACAACAUAACUGUGAUUCAAAACGUUUUCAAGAGAAACCAACGCAAGCAUUGCUCUACCUUUUUUUUAUUUUUGUGUAAUAUACAUAUAUACAUACCCCCUAAAUGUAACCUAAUUACUCGAUAUACAAUGAUACGAUUUACGUCUGCGCUUUAAUGUUAGUGAGCUUGCACAUAGAAUGCAUCACAAUCGUCAGCUUUAAAUAGAGAAUGUUGUGCUCCAAACUCUAAACUCCAACCCACUCGGCGAAUCUCUCUCCCAUGUCCUUAUAGCCCGUUUAUAUAGAGAUAUAUAUAUAUAUAUUUAUCUGUCCAGCCAAGAGAACUGUAAGCGUAACCGUAACCUAACUUAAGACUGAGAGCCUUGCUACUCUAGCAAAAAAAAAAAGAAAUGAAAGGAUGUGCAGAGAGAUAUGAAACACGCGAAUCUUGGGAAAUAGAACCAACAGAUCACAGCCGAAUGCCUACAGAGCGGUUUGAGUUUCUUAAAUGGAGUAAAAUCUUUUUUAAAUAUUUUAAAUGUAUCUAGUAUAAUUCGAAUCUAAUGUGAAUACUUAAUCAUACCUAUUUAUUUUACUGAUGAAUAUCAAUGUGAAUUUUUAAUUGCUCAAAAGCUCUUAGGAUCAUUUUAAAAAUUACUUUCAAUCUUAGUACUUAAUAAUUUAAUAAACCUAUCUAAUGGCAUAUAAACCAAUAUACAUAUAUUAUACUACAUAUAUAUGUAGUCCCUCAAACGAUAACCCUCUGUACGCAUAAAUCUGGCAAAUCUAUUCAUCUAGCUUCCAAAAAACCUAAUAUUUUACAAAAACAGCUAGAAAAAGAAAAACAAAUGUGCAGCUUGCUUAGGGAGAAUCAUAACCAACCAGUUAACAGCUUUUGUAAUAUUUUCUUGGAUAUGUCUAACUUAUUAAAUACAAAUAUACACAAAAUUAUAAAAAUAACUGCACGAUUUUAGCUACAUAGAGCACAGAAAGACAAAGAAGUAAAAAAGAUGAAGAGAAGGAACCAAAAUAUAUUCCACAAGGUGCAGCAUUUACUUAUAUAUAUAUACAUACUUAUAUCGUAUACAUAUCCACAAGUAUGGCAAUUAAAACUAUGUAAGCAACUAUCUGAAUAAAUUAAUAAUGUACCUACGAAA